AUGUUACAACAAGAUAAAUUCCAUGCUAAGGCUUUGUAUUAUGAGCUGGCCACGGUUCAGCCGGAUGUGCCUUGGAAAAAGCUGUUCUUUAAUAAUAAUGCGCGCCCCCGUGCGAAAUUCAUUACGUGGAUGGCCUGCCACUACAAGCUGCCAACAAAAGAACGCCUCCACAGGUUCGGUCUUCUUGAUAAUUACCGGUGUUGUUGCUGUCACGAGACUGAAACUCAAAAUCAUAUUUUUUUCACCUGCAAACCGUUUUUCGACACCUGGACCUCAGUUCUUGGUUGGAUCGGUUCUGGUCAUACACCGCAGAAAUGGGAUGAGGAAGUGAGAUGGAUUCUUUCUGCUAGUAAAGGUAAAGGGAGCAAAGCUGAUAUUCUCAAAUGUUCGUUCACAGAGACGGUGUAUGAAGCUUGGCUUUUACGUAACCAAUACUGUUUUGGGACCACUUCAGUUACUAAAGAUAUUGGUCUAAAAAUCAUCGAUGUAAUCAUAUACCGUUGUUGGAUGAAACCUAGACUUAGAAGUCACAUAGCUAGGCUUAUGAUGCCUAUGUAG